UGUUUUUCAUGUCAUGAGCACAUGUUAUGCAUUGAGAAAAUUACGUGAUGCUUUUUCAUUUCCUAGAGAAGCUGUUUCUAUGCAAUUCAUCAGACCAUAGACAGAAGCAGAUGAAAGAAGGCACCUUGCUGCAACCAUUUGCAAGCCCACUUAAAAAGCCAGAGCAACAGAGUGCACCACCCCCUGAGCGAACACAAAAUGAAGUUUGUGCAACAGCCAGAUGCAAAGAUGCAGCAGUCAAAGAUGGCAAGUGUAUUAACUGUGACAUUACCAAACUCAUGAAAACUAGCAGUCAGUGUUUUAACUGUUCUCUAAAUUUUUGCAUUCUUCUCUUGCCAGAUGCAGAAAACAUGGCCUCUGUAGCCGACCAAGACAGCAAUGGUGCUGGGACCCUCAGUCUGGGAGCCGCAGUAGCUAGCACUCCCACACGUGUGCUGUUCGAGGAAAUCGAUGGCCAGGUUUUCAUCAGCAAAGAUAUUUGGCUGACGGUCACCGAUUUUAAUUUUCUAAUGGCUGCCCGAAACGAUUCGAUAUUUGUGCGGGAUGCUGCAACAAAAAUAUUCUCGACUGCUGGGCUCAUGGGACACAGCGUGACAGGCAGACCAUCAAACCGCACUAAGGGGGACCCAAAGCCUCCGCUGGACAGUGGCAAACUCAGUGCACUGAAAGAUUUCUUUCAUCACUUCGUAAGCGCCUCUCCCAAGGGUCAGUCGGCUGAACAAAUAAAGGAGAGAAGUAAGAAGUUUGGCCGCCACCUUGCAGGGAAGCUGGCUGAUGUUCAGUCGGUGGCAAACUAAACAUGCUGCAACUGCCUGCUUGUACAUG